UAUUGAGAACUGUAAUGCUAGUUUUUAAUUCAUAUUCAUUAAUAGUAUUUGUAUUAUAUUGCCAUGUAAAGGCCCACAGUGUGAACUUCAAUUAUUUAGGAAGCAUUUGUUCAUGUGACUUCUCUUUUGUUCUUUCACGUUUUCAGAAUUUUUUAGGGACUAAUUAUGUACAUUUUAAUAACAUUACAAUGUUUUUUUUGAGCUCAGGCCAUAUUCUUUUUGCUGCAAUUGAUGCUGAUUCACUUCUUUCGCCAGCAAUGCUGUAAUCACCCAAGGUUUUUUGAUAACCAAAUGUUAUUUUCCCUCAGCAAUUUUUACCCAUCAGAUAACAGUCUGUGUUUUCAUUGGUCAGCAAUGUGAAUAAAAGCCUUAUUUCCAAAUCUGAGGGUCUCAUUGGAGUCAUAUUGAAGAAUGGUCAUGCUUUGUCUCUUGUCAUUCAUUGCCCUCUUGGGCACAACCUAUGGAUGUGGAAGGCCAGCCAUCCAGCCAGUACUCACUGGAUACUCUAGAAUUGUAAAUGGAGAGGAAGCUAUUCCAGGAUCCUGGCCAUGGCAGGUCUCUCUUCAGGACAGUACUGGAUUUCACUUCUGUGGCGGCUCCCUCAUCAGUGAUGAAUGGGUCAUAACUGCUGCUCACUGUAGUGUCAGGACUUCACAUAGAGUUGUUUUAGGUGAAUUUGACCAGCGUUCAUCUACUGAAAAUAUUCAAGUUAAAACCAUUGCCAAGGUUUUCAAGCACCCAAAAUACAGCCCUUUUACUAUAACAAAUGACAUUACGCUGAUUAAACUGGCCUCCCCUGUUGCUACAAGAGCAGAAGUGUCUCCUGUUUGUGUGGCAGAGGCUUCAGACGUUUUUGAAGGUGGUAUGAAGUGUGUCACCACAGGAUGGGGGCUGACAGAUUCCUCAGCAAGUCAAACCCCUGCUAGACUUCAACAGGUUGCUUUGCCUCUUCUCACUAAUGCUCAAUGCAAGAACUAUUGGGGUAACAGAAUCCAUGAUGUCAUGAUCUGCGCUGGAGCUGAUGGAGCAUCCUCCUGCAUGGGUGACUCUGGUGGACCUCUUGUGUGUCAGAAGAAUGGAAGCUGGACCUUGGUUGGAAUAGUAUCCUGGGGAAGCAGCACCUGCUCUCCAUCAUCUCCUGGAGUAUAUGCUCGGGUCACUGAACUCAGAAACUUUAUUGACCAGACAGUUGCUGCCAACUAAACAAGAGUUAUAGUAUUGCCAUUCUACAACUGAAUGUUUAACUUUAAAUAAACAUGUUAACUGCAGUCUACAUUCAUUUCUCUUGUUAUGAAAAUUAGAAAACAAAACAGGCAGGUACUCGUAUUUCCUCUGG